AUGGUUGGUCUUACGCUGGGACCGAUCCAGUUCUCAGCGCAGGGGACGACGAGGAGAGGUUGCCACGUAGAAAGGUGGAUUUUCCGGUGUUAUCCGGGCCUGGUCAGGCACUUGUCCAAUCUCCCGUCGUCGCCCUCCACGUCGAGCCCUGGAUCCGGCUUCGAAGGACCAAAUCAUCACUACAGAAUGCCACCAUGCCCCACCACAGUCAUCCCUCCACCCAGCCAGCCGCCACUACAGCACCUACCCCUCACCCCCUAG